UCUUACCCCCAGAUCCCGCAAACCGCCUAUCCGUGGGCGCUGAUCAUUGUUCUCAUCACCCACGCACCUCUGCUCCUCUCUCGCCAAGCCUCCGUUCAGAGUGCUCUCCUCCAUGGCUUCUUCCAAGAUGAGAGGAGGUGGUGGUGUUGGCGGGGAGAAGAACGAUCUGUUCCAUGUCGUCCACAAGGUGCCCGCCGGCGACAGCCCGUACGUCAGGGCCAAGCACCUCCAGCUUGUGGAGAAGCAGCCGGAUAUGGCGAUCGUGUGGUUCUGGAAGGCGAUCAACUCCGGGGACAGGGUGGAUAGUGCCCUGAAGGACAUGGUCGUAGUGAUGAAGCAGCAGGAUCGCUCUGAGGAGGCGAUCGAGGCCAUCAGAUCCUUCAGGCACCUCUGCUCCAAGCAGGCCCAGGAGUCCCUCGACAACCUCCUCAUCGACCUCUACAAGAAGUGCGGGAAAGUCGAGGAACAGAUAGAGCUACUGAAACAGAAGCUGAAGAUGAUAUACCUCGGUGAGGCCUUCAACGGGAAGGCGACAAAGAAAGCACGCUCCCAUGGCAAGAAGUUCCAGGUCUCCAUUCAGCAGGAAACGUCUCGCAUUCUGGGCAAUCUUGGGUGGGCUUACAUGCAGCAGAACAACUACGAAGCUGCUGAAUUGGUGUACCGCAAGGCACAAUCUAUUGAGCCUGAUGCCAACAGGGUGUGCAACCUUGGGCUCUGCCUGAUUAAGCAGGGUAGACAUGAGGAGGCAAAACAAGAACUCGAGGAUGUCCUACUGCGCAGAACCUAUGGAUCAGACGAUGCAAAGGUGGUUGCCCGCGCUGAGCAGCUUCUCCGUGAGCUCAACCCAUUGAUGCAUGUUUCGUCGCCGUUUGAUGUUGGCUUGAGUGUCAGUGAAGAGAUCAUGGAGAGACUAGACCUUGUGAUGAAUGAGUGGACGCCAUUCAGGUCAAGGAGGCUGCCUGUAUUUGAGGAGAUUGCCACUUUCAGGGACCAAAUAACUUGUUGACUCAUUGUUCUGCAUGGUUUUUUAUCUUAGCGUGCAUAACCGUUUGUUACUUUAGAUGCUUUUGUUCAUAUAUGGAAGGUGAUGUGGGUUUUACAGCGAGAAUUAGAGAUCAGAUAGAUAUCAUGUAGCUGGGGUUGAUGCAAAGCGUUCCCUUCAGGAGUAGUGUGGUUUUUUCUUCAUGUUGUGUGGUGCAUAAUCUUCAGACAGUAAAUAAAUGGUCUUGAAGCAUGUUGUGAAUUUGUACAGGA